AUGCCGUCGCCGUCACGGUCACCGCGGCCCUUGACAGACAAGGCUCAGAGCCACCAGCAGAGGCGUGUGAAGUUCGCCCUUAGCCCAGGCCGAGGGACACUGUCCUGCCUCCGUCUUGGAGAAUUGGCCUUUAUUGCUGCGCUGCUCGCGGCUGAGGGCGUGUGCGCCGCAACACACGCCGUCUCGUCAACGUUCUUGUGUGAAACAACGUUCAGGAAGUAUGAGGUAACUCUUGAGGUUUCAAAAUGUAGGCGGCGCGGAGGGCCCGGCUGGGGGGUGGCCCUGGCCCUGGCGCUGCAGUUCUCCACCCAACUCGUCACCGCUCAGUUCCCGACCCGAGGCGACAUAUCCCUGGACGUGGCUGCAACGCCGUACGAAGCGGAAUACGACAUCAGCUACGAUGAGCUGAAUGGGCCGUGCGCUGACUACCAACCCGGCGAGGAUGACCUGCAGGCCUUCGACUUCAUCCGCAAGUUCCGACUGGACGUCCUUGAGCAGAGCUACCCCGGCGUCACCAGCGUCCAGGGCUCCAACGAGAUGCAGAAAGCCUACCGCCUCCAGACCAGCGCCAACCUUCAGAUCGCCACGAGAGAGAUCUUCCCGCUGGGCCUCCCGCAGGAGUUCUCGCUGAUCUGCACGUACCGCGCGCGGCGACCGCCUCGCAACCGCUGGGACAUCAUCCGCAUCAGCGAUCUCGAGGGGCGGCCGCAGUUCGCGAUCACGCUCAACCCCAAGACCAAGAAUGUCGAGUUCUCCAUUCUCUCCUUCGACGGCACGCUGCAGACACGCGCCUUCGACUCGGCCGAGGCUGCCUUCGACGAGACAUGGCACAAGCUCCACUUCGGCGUGUUCCGGGACCGUGUGACGCUGUACCUCGACUGCGAGCGCACGACGGAGGUUCCACUCGACCCCUUCGGCCCCAUCGACAUCAACGGUAACAUUUACAUUGCCAAGCAGCAGAACUCCGCCAGGACUGUGCCGAGGAACAGGAGGCAGACGAGAAUUGAGCUGCAGUGGAUGGUGAUGAGCUGCGACCCCGCCCGCCCGGAGAGGGAGACCUGCGGGGAACUGCCGCCGGGCGUGUCCCAGUCAGGCUCAGAGUGCUCCGUGGUGUGUCCCAGAGGCCCUCCUGGUUUCAAUGGAACGGAUGGGCAAGAUGGGGUGCCUGGCUCUCGAGGCCAGAGAGGUCCUCCUGGCCUUCCGGGAACCGAAGGACCGCCAGGCGAGAACGGCGAACCCGGCAGCCUCGGAUUCCCCGGACCUCCCGGGCCCCCAGGAGCCCCUGGGCGGCAAGGCGAGGGAGGAAACGCUGGUAACACUGGGCCACCAGGACCUCCUGGACCCACAGGCCAGCCGGGCAUUGUGGGUCCGAUCGGCCCUAAGGGCGACGUCGGCCCCAGUGGCAUCACGGGACUUCCAGGGCCCACUGGUCCCCAAGGCGAGCCUGGGCCCCGGGGCGUUCCCGGCGACGCGGUGCUGGUGACCGGGCCUACGGGCGAGCAAGGGCCCCCGGGUCUGCCUGGACCUCCGGGAACCCCCGGCGCGGACGGCGCAGCAGGACGACCUGGACCGGCAGGAGAAUCAGGCGAGCGCGGCGCAGAGGGCCUGCCCGGUAGGCGUGGUUUGACCGGACCCAAGGGAGAGGAAGGCCGCCCAGGCCCCGUCGGACCUCAGGGCGAACCAGGCCCGGCGGGUCCCCCCGGGCCCCCCGGCGCCGUGGUGAACGGCGAGGGCGGCGAGGGCGUCCCCGGCCCCGCGGGCCUCCCGGGCCCCCCGGGCCGGCCGGGCCAGCAGGGCGAGCCGGGCAUGAAGGGCAACAUGGGCGCCACAGGCCUCGACGGGCAGCCCGGCCCGCGAGGAGACAAGGGUGACAAGGGACCAGUUGGGCCUGCAGGCGUGGACGGCAUGCGCGGCGAGCGGGGCCUUCCCGGCGUCGACGGAGGCGUUGGCCCUAAGGGCGAGCCGGGUCUCAACGGCGCCCCCGGCCUCAUCGGCAAACCCGGUGUCGUCGGCCUCCCGGGUCCCGAGGGCCCGAGAGGCAACCCAGGACCAGAGGGCAUCAAGGGCAGCACGGGAAAACGCGGCGAGCCCGGCAUGCCCGGAGAGCCCGCGCCGCCCGGCCAGCCCGGACCCCAAGGACCUCCCGGAGUUGCAGGACCGAGAGGAGAAGAAGGCCCCGAGGGACCCCCUGGGCCCCCAGGACCCCAGGGACCCACUGGAAAUCCCGGCCAGAUGGGCCUCAUCGGAGCCAAGGGGCACCCCGGCCUCCCCGGCCUCAAGGGCGAACCCGGCAAGUCCGGCAAGCGCGGCGAGUCCGGGCCCAUGGGCGAAGGAGGACCUAGGGGCCCUGCCGGCCCCCAGGGGCCACCAGGGCGUUCUGGCAGGGAUGGCGCCAAGGGAUCGUCGGGCAUCCAGGGCCCCGUGGGGCCGCGCGGCCUGCCAGGACCUAUCGGCCCACCAGGUCUGCUAGGUCCCGCCGGUCCGCCCGGACUGCCUGGCUUCCAGGGCAAAGUGGGCGCUCCUGGACCCCCCGGACCUCCAGGGCCCCCCGGCGAGUCCGCCCCUGUGGCUAUCCAGGUCGACGGCGAGCGCACCUACAGCCUCCCAGGCCCCAUGGGCCCCGCAGGACCCACAGGCAUGCCCGGCGUGCGUGGCGCCGAUGGUGAGCGAGGUCCGCAGGGCAAGAGCGGAAACCCUGGUCUGCCUGGACCCCCAGGGCCCUCAGGGCUUCCAGGGUCGUCGGGUCAGCGAGGUCCUCCCGGAAACCCCGGCCUCGCAGGAAACUCCACGAAGGCGAGACUGACGGAAAGGAAGCUACUGAAAUCCGAGUCCAGAAGGCCGAGAGUUAAGUGCCAGGUCUCACUGCUUCCUUUUGCACUGACCCUCCGCCGUUCUUCUGCAGAGAACCUGGCUGAAAUAGCCAAGACCCUACAAGGCCCGCCUGGCAGACCUGGCAGGGGAAGGCGCGGUCCAGUUGGUGAACCCGGAGAACAGGGUCCUCCAGGAAACCCCGGCUCCCCCGGCGAGUCAGGCCAGAGAGGAUACUCCGGCUUCCCCGGCGCCGCUGGUCCGCAGGGGCCGGCCGGAGAGCCCGGCCCGCGCGGAUACAAGGGCGAGCGAGGCCUCAUGGGCGAGGGCAGAGACGGCAAGCCAGGGCCGCCAGGACAACCAGGACCGCCCGGGCCGCAAGGCAUGGGGCUGCCGGGCCGCAUGGGCGAGCGCGGGUCUCCCGGCCAACCCGGACCCCAGGGCGGCCGCGGCUCCCCCGGACCCCAGGGGCCACCGGGCCACUGCGAGUACUGCAACCCGCAGUCGUACCAGCCUUACCAGGGGAACACGAAGGGCCCGUGAGCGACUCGCGCCCACGAGGCGGCGCCCACGACUCGGCUCGUCUCCUUCCGCUUUGUUGCUAGAGUUAGUUGACCCUCAGUCGUCCCCUUCCUCUUUACGCAUAGUCCUUCUUCAAAUGACAGCUUUACUUAUGUUGCCACACA